AUAGGUUAGCUAAACAAGUGAGAGCCUGUCUGUCAGCUCGGCAAUGAGUUUGCAUAACACAGCCUAAAUAAGGUACGUUAUCUCAAUUUCAGUUCCCUUGUUUAUAUUCAGGCUUGCAGUGGAAUAUGAGUUGGUUUUGUUGAUGGAACAGCUGAUUUGCUCAAAUCACACAACCUGUAGAACAGCUAGGCUGUAAAAAUGAAGAUCACCUUGUUCCCAAACCUGUAUUUUGACAAUGAGAAGCGCAUAGUUAACGUAACGAACUUAGCCUAAAUGUAUACCUUUUGAAGUCCUCAUAAAUGAGAGGCCUGCUGUGCAGUUUCACGUCAGAAUGGAGGUGUGGUUUUCUGGAUUGCAGAAAAGUAGCUGUCUUGAGUGAAAGGCAAUGCCGACUUCUUGCUGAUAAUGAAAUAGUACUACUGAGUACUUCAGAACUUCUCUGAAAAAAAAACUUCUCCUUUCAGACUUUGUCCAUUUAAUAUAAUUUCUUCAUUCCCUAGGAGUCAAUGGCAACAAUUCGGACCUUGUAUCUCUCAAGCACCUGCUUUUUCAACCAAGAGAUUGCAAUUUACCUAAACAGACUGCAUUUGCAGUUCCAUUUCAGUUAGCUGAGGGAAGUAAUGCCUGAUUUUUGUCAAGAACUGCUAGAAGAAGAAGGUGCUACAAGAAGAAUUCUUCUGUUUUUAUAUUUUUUAUAUUUGCACUCAGAUGACCAUCCGAAUACCUAAUGGUGAUAUUCCUUGACUUUGACAAGCAGAACUAAGGUGGUCCAUCUUUGUUUUUGGUUGACACAACUUUGCCAUGUGAGCUCCAUGGCCAGUAGAAAGCUGGUAUUUGGCCAUUUGCCCAUAACAGCUCAACUAAAAGGGUUUGACGUAAAUAAGUAACCAGCUAAACCACAACAGCCAAUAUUAUACCUGUUUCCUGUUUGUGAUUACAAUGAUGUCCAAAUCCAUCACAUCACUGCUCCUGUAUUCUUGUGGGGCGUCACUGGGAGUACUUCUGUUUCACAUCCUGUUUUUAGAACUGAGGACAGAAUAUGCUUCAGAAACACAUGACGGCACGAUGCAUCACUUUCUGUACCACCAGCUACUUAACAUCACUAAAGAAGCAAAUCGCACUUUAGCUGAAGACUUGUCACACAGAGUUCGAAUUUUAUGCUGGGUGAUGACUGCACCCCAAAAUUUAGAGACAAAGGCUAAGUAUGUAAAGCUGACUUGGGGAAAGCGCUGCAACAUCCUGCUAUUCAUGAGUUCAGAAAACAACACAGAAUUCCCAGCUAUAGGUAUGAAUACUGGUGAAGGCAGAAAGCAGCUGUAUAAGAAAACAAUGCUGGCCUUUCAGUACGUCCAUGCCCACUACUUGGACCAGGCAGACUGGUUCUUCAAAGCAGAUGAUGAUACUUAUGUCAUUGUUGAGAAUUUAAGGCUGUUACUUUCUAAGUAUGAUCCACAGCAGCCUGUGUACCUUGGUAAACGGUUUCGAAUGUACAUGAAGCAUGGUUAUAUGAGUGGAGGUGCAGGUUAUGUUUUGAGCAAAAAGGCACUACAGAUGUAUGUGGCAGCUAUGAGGAACAAUAGGUGCAAUCAUACAACUUCAACAGAAGAUGUGGCACUAGGAAAGUGUAUGGAUAAACUGGGAAUCAUUCCAGGAGACUCCCGGGAUAUUUACAAGCAGGAGACAUUCUUUCCUUUUUAUCCAGAUCACCAUCUUAUGCCUGGAUUCCUGCAGAAGACCUCCUGGUUCUGGCGAUUUAACUACUACAAAAAUGUGAAUGGUCCCAAAUGCUGCUCUGACCUGGCUAUUUCUUUUCAUUAUAUGAACUCAACUUACAUGUACAUGAUGGAGUUUUAUACAUACCAUCUCCGAGCUGUGGGAUACCAGUACCAAAAAGAAACUGAUUUCCCAGUUCCAGCUGCCACACAUAACUGACUUUCAGAUAUGAGAGUCGUUUAAUAAGAUGUGGAUACUGAAUAUCACUGUCGAAAGUGCUCCUUUCUCUAGUUGUAGAAAUAAUCUACUGGCAACAUGUUCAUGACUGUCUCCUUCUCAGGACAUGGAUGAGAAAGUCUGAUUUGGGAUGAGAAGUUAUUAUGUGAUUUUUUUUCACUCAUGUGCCAAUUAAAACUGGUUUUGUAUGCAGCUCACUGUGUGGUUCAUAUUUCUCAUUUUUAUUUGAGAGGUACGCCACAGCAUAUUCGGCUUUUUAUACUCAGCCUCCAUUACUUACAGGGAAGUGAGAAACAACUGUGCAGGUACAGACAAGUGCCUUCUGUGCUCCGUGAUGAAGGGGGCUACUUCUCUGUUGCCAUGAUGGAUAUUACAAAGUCCAAAGAACAGUUAAAUUGGAUUAUACCUAUGACCCUCUAAAGGAACUAUUCAGGCUAUGGUAAAUUUCAUUUGUGUAGCCAUUCUUUCAGUUUUAUGAAUAGCUUUAUGAUGUAACUUUUUUAAGUGUUUUGUGUCUUUUCAUUGUUUUUUCAGGGAAUAAUUGAUUGUUUUGGGAGUUUACUUGUAUGAUUUAUGCUAAAUGUACAAACUAACCACUCUGAUAAAUUGAGUUGUGUAUGCAUUAACUUAUUUACAAGGAAUGUUUGUACAUAACUGUAAUCUAUUUCUGUCCUGUUAAAAAAUACAUUUAGGAAUUUAAACAGUGAUUCCUCUAGGAUCAUAGAAAGCUUAAAGCAUGUUAUUUUUCAUCAGACUAUCACAGUAGCGGUUAUCUAUUUCUGUUUUUUAAGUAAAUCCUGCUCUGAGUGGUAUUCUGUACUGUAUAAUUUUGCCACUUUCUCAUACAUAGAGAACACAAAUAUUAAAGCAUUCCUUCAUUCGA